AUGGACGCUGAACCUGCUGAACAACCAUUCUAUGUGAAUGCCAAACAGUACCACCGCAUUCUUAAGCGGAGAAUUGCUAGGGCAAAAUUAGAUGAGAGUCUGAAAGUCGCUCGAGGAAGACGCCCGUAUCUUCAUGAAAGCCGUCAUAAACAUGCCAUGAGACGCCCGAGAGGUCAGGGUGGCAGAUUUUUAACCGCAGCUGAGAUUGCUGAACGAGAACGCAAGGAAAGAGAAGAAGCUGAGAACGGCGGGUCUGGUGGUGAUCCAAGUAGUGCCAGCAAUAGCAGUGACAGUGUUAAUGAGCCAGAAGCAGUAUCUGUUAAUGGCUCUGAGGCCACUGCUGCUACCAGUGAAGCUGAUAAUGUUACAACCGACGCCGCUAGUAAUGGAACUUACCAAAAUAAUGAGACCGUUGUUGACGAGACCAGUAACGUUGAUGGUUCUCAAGCUAAUGACAAUAAUGACAAAUUAAAUAAAGGCGAAUAUCAGGAAAAUGGAGACUCAGCUGAACCCGACAGGUCUGGGGAACCAGCAGAACCGCUAGAGUUCCUGGCUUAA